AUGUCCUUCAAAGCGUCGGAGAUAGCUGCCCGAAAGCACCAGAAAUUUCACCUCCCCAAUGCUAGUCCUAGAUUCCCAAGUGACGUCCUAUCCUUCCUAGCUACUAUUCCAACCUCAUUACUGUCGCCACUUAUCUAUCCGGACAUCGAUGAUAACUCUCAGACAUUAUUUGAGAUCUAUCAAGUGAAACUUGAUCUUGGGAAUGCACCGAGAUUGAAAACUGAGAUAGAACUUGACGGGGUCAUCCACUUCAAGUUUGACAUUUACGCCAUCCCAAGCAAUGCAUCGAGUAGAUUCAUCGAGCACAGGGAAUGCACUAAUUUACUGUCAAACCCUCUUAGAAAUGUGAGCGAAUAUUGGUAG